AUGAAGGUAGACAAGUGGAGAGUUUAUACCAUCUUGACAUCAGACCAAAUGCCAGUUCGACAAAGCAUGGACCUCGAUGUAGCUCUGUGGACAAAGCAUGUAGUGGGUGCACCCAGAGGUACUCAGUCGUCGGGAUUAGGGCAGAAUGCGGAGAAACCAGGAAGCCUAUUUGAAUGCACUGUCGGAGAAUCCGUUAGAUGCAGGUCUAUCACAAUCGACAAUCCUUUUGGGACAAAUGCUGAGUCCCUUGAAAGGGAAGGGAUUGUGGAUUAUCCAGAUAAUGGGUGGAUUGGCGUUUCUAUUGCUCACCAACAGGGGGCAAAUAAUGAACUCACAGUCUGUGGACAUCGUUAUGGGAAUAACUACGCCAUCGACCAGCCCAAUGCAGACCUUUCUGAUGUAAAGAUAGAUCGUUAUACCCAAGGUAUAUGCAUCACACUAGACUCAGGUUUAGAAGAUGUGUAUACCAGGUUUAACCCUUGUGCAGAAGAGAGCGCAUGGAGAGAUGAUAUAGUUGCAAAUGAAUCAACACGAUGGCAAGGUUGGUGCCAAUUUGGUAUGAGCGCAGCUUACGCAAAAGAUGGUGAGGAUUCAGAAACCUUUGUCGCCGGUGCACCUGGAUCAUAUGACUGGACUGGUACUGUAUUCAAGCAACUAAUUGACACAAAUAAUCAAAUGAAUUCUGGUGAAUUAAGGGACUGGAAUACAGACUAUUCAUAUGAUGACUUCUUUCAAUAUGUCGGUUACUCUACAACUGUGGGAUAUUUCAGAACAAAUACUACUCAACAGGGUGCUUCAGGAGCGCCCAGGGCAGGAGGGUUGGUUGGCAAAGUUUACAUCCAUGACCUGCAAACAUUUCAAGUUUAUCAAGAGUUACAAGGGGAGAUGAUGAAUACAUACUUUGGAGGUGCAGUAGCUGCUCUGGAUAUCAAUGGAGAUGGCUUCUCUGAUCUCCUUGUCGGUGCCCCACUGUAUUCCGUAGAUCAAGAUGAAGGCAGAGUCUAUGUUUACAUCAACAGCGGAGGUAUGAAUCCUGAUCUUGUACUCCAUCAAACGCUUGAUGGUACAUCAACUCCAGGCUCCAGGUUUGGCCAUGCUAUUGUCAGUCUCAACGACAUAACGGACGAUCUUCUUCCAGAAAUAGCGAUUGGGGCACCAUACGAAGGAGGAGGAGUGGUAUACAUAUACCAGUGUAUUGCAGGCGGAGUCGACGAGGCAUACUUACAGAGGAUUGAUGGGAGAGAUACGGAUCCUAAUGUUCAAACCUUUGGAAGCGCCAUCGCUGGAGGAGGGGAUAUUGACGAUAACUUUUACCCUGAUCUUGCUGUUGGAGCUUAUGCCAGUGAUUCUGUCUUUGUCUACAAAACGAGACCCCUGCUUGACCUUGAGGUCACGCUGACGGUGACCCCUGACCCUCUCGAUCCAAAAAAUCCAUCGUGCAUAGAUUCAGAAGGUACUUGCAUAGAAAUUGCAGUCUGCUUCACCUACUCUGGGCCAAGAAAGGAAGCGUUACCUCAAUAUAUAGAUGUCAUCUUUGACAUUGAGUUGGACAAGGAGAAGACCGCAGCUGGAUUCAAGCCUCGAUUCCUGCUACAAAACGGAACAGAUAUGUUAAACGAGUUAGGCGCCACAAAGCAGAUCCGUAUGAAUGUUGAUAUAUGCUUCAAUUACAAAGCAUACCUUCAGAGUACUGCAUCAGACUUUCUCAGCCCCGUUCCCGUUGAUCUGACUUACAUCCUGAGAGACUAUGAGCAUGAAGGACCACCGCGUCAAGAUAGACCUCGGCAGUUUCCGUAUGGAAUCCCUCCCUUAAUGCUCAGCCCUCAAUGCCGAUCCAUCACAACAGUUGAAGAUGUCAAUUUUGUGAGAGAUUGUGGUGUUGAUGCUCUCUGCAGAACUGAUCUGAAGCUUAUAGCCAAUGUCUCAAUUGAAGGAAAUCCAACAGAGAUUAUUUCUGGUGGUCCAUCCAGACUGUACGUCAACGCCAGAGUCGAGAACGACGGGGAAGAGGCGCAUCAGGCUGUUCUUACCGUUACCCACCCUUAUGACAUGAGAUAUGAGGGUCUUGAAACUAACCAGUUGUCUUGCCUUGAUGAUAAUGAAUGCGAUGCAAGAGCUCUUGUACUUUGUGAACCAACAGCGGCUGGUGUGAAAUGCAACCUGGGAAAUCCCAUGAAUUCUUACACAGUGAGCACUCUCCGGCUUCGCUUCGACAUCGGGGGUCUUAUCUACGACCCUGGUAGAAUCGUCAACAUUGUGAUAUCAGCUAACACUAGUAGUUUGCAGACCCCUGACAGCCUCGCUGACAACAUCCUUGAAGUUAAUUAUGAGCUGGUCAUAGGUGCAGAUGUUGGGAUUUUCGGGUCCAGUACCCCUGAGAGUGUAUACUAUGUCAGUAAUGGUUCAAACUACGCCACUGCACAAGCAGCUGAGAAGUCUCUCCAAGCGGCCGUAAACAUGUCGCUUAUAUCGCCGUCAUCGCCUUCCUUCAACGACACCCACAUUGGAAGCCCGUUCACACUCUCAUACCAGAUCACCAAUGACGGUCCUGGUCAACUACCAUUCUCUUCUGUGGUCACUAUUCACAUUCCAUGGCGGAUGCUCAACGGCGAUUGGCUUAUCUUCAUCAAAAGUAUCAAUAUAAUAGAUAGAACGAACACUGGAUCCUGCAACGGUGAUGAAAUAAUAGAACUCCAGAAUAGACGGCUCCUAGAGAGAUACAGAGAUACCUCUUUCUAUCGUGAUCCCGCCCCUGAAGAAGAUAUAUCGCCCAUCUUUGGCACUGGCGAGGGCAACCAACAACUGGGAUGCACUAAAGCAAAGUGUGUAGCAUUGACGUGUUAUAUUAACCAGAUGCAAGCACGUCAAGUCGUGGAGGUUAGGAUAGACGCUAUUCCGUGGGAACACACCAUUAUUACGAGAAGGCUCGGCUAUGUUGAGAUCCUGACAGAAGCCGAGUUUGUUGCUCAAUCACCGAGUGGAAGUUUUGGGCAAGGAGAAGAUGCCAACCCGGAUAGGAUACAGCUUCCAAUCAAGCUUUACACCGAAAUGAAAGGUGCUGGUGAAUUACCCGUCUGGAUAAUCAUCGUCAGUAUACUUGCUGGUCUCAUUCUACUCAUCGUCCUCAUACUCUUAUUAUGGAAGUGUGGCUUCUUCAAGAGAAAGACUCGCAAGGACUGGGAAGAAGAAGCAGAUGGUGCCGCCCCGAUGCCCAUCAAACCUCCAGUAGACCCUACCGGCGAACUAGACGGCUCUGAUUUACCAAUGAUGAAAGGACUGGCAGCCAAAGAGUAACAUUCCUAUUCCAGUCUUCAGGAUCUUCCAAAACUUGCAAUAUAAGAGAGACUUUCACAUGGAUGCUAGCUCUUUUCUGUCUACUGAAAGAUCCCCUGUGUUGUCUGCUGGUGCUGUUUGUUUAAAAAGCACCUCUUUUUUGUACCUGAACAAAGGUCUGUGCCACGUUUGGUAGCCGCUAUCAGCUAGAAUCCCACCCAGCGUCUUUUCUUUUGUAGUCGUCCAAGUUGUGUGUAUAUAGGCAAAAACAACAAGGGAUCUAGAAAGCUGUUGUGAUGCGCAAAGUUCUAUGCUAUGUUUAGCCGCAGCUUUCAGCUGGAAUCGCACCCAGCCUCCUGUCUUAUGUACUCUUCCAAGUUGUGUUUAGCCAAAACAACAAGGGAUUUAGAAAGAACGAUGUUGUGAUGGGCAAAGGUCCAUGGUAUUGCUAAGAUCGCUUUUCAGCCGGAAUCCCAAUUUUCCUUUAUAACCCCUCAAGUUUUCCUUAAGCAAAUACGAGGGAUUUGGAAAGCUUCCUGUAGUACUCUACUUGCGGUGGAGAAAAUGAAUGAUAUUUAAGUUAAAGUGCCUUAAUGUGAACAAUAAUAUAAUUACUUGAUUAAAAGGAAAAGAAAUUGACAUCAUCUAAUGAUUGAACCAGCAAAGAACUCUUCCAAGUUCCAUUAAAAGAUUUAGAUAUUUGAUAGAUAUUGAGAACAUUUGGAACAUUUUAUGCAAUCAUUUGCAGUUGUGAAAUAUAUUAACAUUUCAUCAUAAUUAGUGGUAUUUCAUUAACUUGUAGAUAAUCUAUUUACACUUUAUGCAUGACUAGUAACUUGAACUUUGUUGCUAUCAAAGUCAGAGUUUUAAUUUUUGUUUCUCAUCAGUUAUUUGAUUUUUUAAUUGCGUGUUUCAUUCAAUAAAAAAGCAAUCAAACUAUACAGAUCAUUAAGAGAACAGAAUUCUGAUGUUCGUAGAUUUUUUGUCAUGAGUAAGCAUCAGAAUGCAAAGUUUUAUUAAUUGUUAACAUUUCAAGGGUUAUAGGAAAUUCAUGUCUUGUUUUGUUGAAACCAGAAGUAUUUAAUGUAUUUCAUUAAGCAAAAGCUCAGGUUACUAGUCAUGCUUGAAGUUGUGCGUAACUUGCAAAUAACUUUAUGAAACACCCCUGAUUUUAUGUGCAUAUCGUCGGCCUUA